AUGGCUCAGAAUGCUGCAAAACCACGGGCAGAGAGUUUCUCUGUUGCUGAACAAAACCUCCUUAUGGAAUUAUAUGAUGAUUACCGGGACAUCAUAACUAAAAAAGGUAACACCGCUCAAAUAAACAAAGCGAGAGAGGCAGCAUGGAAGACAAUUGCCGACAGGCUGAAUGCGUAAGUGAUGUUUCAUCCAUACAUUAUUUCAGAUGAUAAUCCCGUCUCAAUGUUAAUGAUACAACCUGUUUGACAUAACAGAAUUGUAAUUUAGGCUGUAAAAUUAAAGAAAUUCACUACAAGACAAGUUGUAGGUUACAGAUAGUGAUUUAAUCAGAUUUAUAAUCUGAGUUGAAGUGGCUAUAAUCAAAUUGUUUUAUAUGCAAAACAUUUAUCACACAAUUGAUCAUGUAUUAUCUCAUUUACCUAAUUCCCCCAAUUCAGAGGAGCGCUGUUUAAAUGUUUGCAGGGGUUAAUUGAUUCUCUUGUUGCAUAAAAAGGAGCUAAUUCCUUCAUUUUACCUUCAUGUCUGUGCAGUAGGAUGAGGAACUAACUAAAACUCACUCAGCAUUCACUGUGUCUUUUAUUAACCUCCUUUUACUAUCCAAACAGAAGCAACCUCGGAGGCCAGAAACGCACCUGGCAACAGGUCAAAGUAAAAUAUAAAAACAUCCUUACAAAUGGUCAGUGAUGCAUAAUAAUUGUAAUAAUGUGAAAUGUAUUAGUAAAUAUAACUGUAAAGCUGUGACUGUGUUCCUUGCAGCAACCAAGAAAAAAGCUCAACUAGGAGCCACUGGUGGGGGACCACCACCUGAGGAGUUUACACAGGCCGAAUCCCUAGCCCUCAGUUACAACAAGGGCCCCAAAAUUGAUGGUAUUCAGGGGGGGAGUGCUUCCUCUCCUAUUGAUCCAGCGAUACGGGCCACAUUUGUUGAAGGUACUGUACUGUCAACCACUAUCCCUCCGCUGCAUGGCGACAGCCCCUCAGUUGAUUUAGCUGACUGUUAACAUGUUUUUUCUAUUGGUAAAAGAGGGACAAAUAACUUUAUUAGAACCCCCGGAAGUUGCAGCAGGGCCCCCAGGAGACCCUGUAAGUCCCAACCUGUAAAUGAAAUGCUGACUAGCCUCCUACACCUGCUCAAAUAACUGAUAUUCCUCCAUUUGCAGGGUGAAGGACCUAGUCAUCAGAAUCACCAGGACAGAGAUGAAGAGGAGACUCUUUCUGUAGAAGGCACUGUACUCCAAGAUGUAAGUCUGAAUGUUAAAUAUUAUUCAUGUUGUUUGCAUUGUCAAAAUUAAUAAAUCAAACCCUGCUGCAGCAGACUACCCCAUCCUCAACCGGAAGGAGUGAAGUGAGUUACCAUUCUUUUCUUUUUCCUGUUUUCAAAAUCACCAUUAGCUGCAUUUUGGCUGCACUCUGACACAUUUUCUGAUCAUAGGAUGUGAAGGUACUCUACAAAAGGUACCUCAAGCUGCAGAUCGAACACAAACACCUGCAGAUAAAAAAAUGUAAACUUGAAAUCAACAAGAUGGAAAAGGAUGCAAUUAUGAAUCCAGGCAGAGAGAAUACGGUCAUUGUUUUUACAGUAUUUAAUUCUGUAACAUUCUGUCUCCCCAGCUUGGUGACUCAGGACAAUAAAUAUUCAAAAGCCAUUUUGUCUUGUCAUUCUGUCUUGUUUCAGUGAGGGUCUAAGGGUAGAGGAUGUUAUGUUGAUAUGUAAAGCCCUUUGUGACAUACUGUUUGUGAAAAUGGGCCAUACAAAUAUGUUAUUUAUUUUAUUUUAUUCAUCUUUAUCUAUAAGGAUGCAAUCAAGAUAAAUGAAAACGGAUUGAUUUUUAUUUUUUACAAAAUCAUAAUACUUACCAAAUGCACUUUUUGCUUAGUUUACUAAGUGGAUGGAAAGCACGUUUUGGUUUCACAAAUUAUUUUAUCAGUGCAUUGUGUAUGCAAAUGCAAAACAGACAUGUCUUUUGGACAUUUUUUGGACAUUAGUGGAGUUAAUCUUCACCUUAAUCCUGCUCCAGACCAGGGGCCUGUUCUACGAAGCAGGAUUACUGCUUAGCGAGGUAACUUCGAGGGUAAGUUCGGGGUUUCCUGUUCUACGACGCGGGUUCACUUCUUAGCGAGGCGAGUCUCCAUAGCAAUAUACGCUGAACGGCUAACCUGCUCCGGGGCAGGUUAAGUUCCAGAUUGAACUCACCGAGUAUAAAAACCCCGCCCACUGACCAAUGAGCUCUCUCGAAAAACGGCUUGUCCGUUCUUGGAGGAUCCUGUAGACCUCGGUGCUCGCAUUGUCCGAGGAGGAGCACUCCGGCCCACGAGAGUUUUCAGGGAGAGUUUUCUCUGGAUGACCACCUUUAUGAAAGGCUCAUAUGGCCGACAUAUUACACAAGGCAUGUAAACACGAUAGGAAUGAACAAAUGAAUGAUUCAUCUUGGGAAUGAAUGGGCAUGGGCUGCGCGAUCACAGACAACAUCUCGGUACUAUUUAGUAGCAGCGCAUGCCCCUUAUAAUAACCCCGUAAAUACUGUUGUUCAGGACUGCUUACUUGUGCUUCCUACCUACUGUAACAACCGUUGUUCUUGCCCUCAUGCAACAUCUUUGUUCUCAUUCAUGAAACGCUUAAAUCUGGGACAUUUUCGGGGACAGCUUUAGCCGGGGACAGAUCAUCCAAUUCGGGGACUGUCAUCUUAGUUAAAAGCGCAUGUUGAAAAGCGCUAUUUCAGGGUGAUAAUGGCAUCAAAGAUUACUUUUCUGCCAGCCUUCCCUCUGUGCUUUUGCAGCGGCGACGGUGUUGUUUUUGAGGUUUGUGAUAGCUUUCAAUUCUUCAUACUUUCUCAUGAUCGUCUCCUGUCCCUCGUUUGUAAAGUCUGCGGUCCUUCACUCUCCAGCCUGCUCUGACGCUCCAGACUGAUCCAUGUUCGCGAUUGGUCAGAUGCGGCCGGCUCCGCCUUAUAUGUGUGCACGCGCUCAUAGCAGAGCUGGAUCCACUUAUGAGGUUGAUAACCAGCGUCGUAAAACCGCUUAGCGAGACCGCUGGCUACCACGCUAAGUUGAGCGAGGUAGCUCAAAGGCUACCUCGCUAGGUUGAACCUGCUUCGUAGAACAGGCCCCAGGUUUGGCCGGCAGCAUAAGUCACCAUGGUUACAAGGCUGGCAUUCGUGUUAACCACUUUGAUGGAACAGAAUUGAGGCUCAGGUUGAUGGAAUCGAAAGUCAGAGCUUAGCUCCAAGUGUCCGGCUUAGCCAUGUUAGAACCAUGUUUCCAUGGUUACCAAGUUGGAGCUAAUCUUAGCCACAUUGGUGAAACUCAACUCUCACUAAAAUAAGCGAGACUUGGCCAUUUAAGCCAGACUUUGAGCUAAGCGAGCUUGAUGGAAUACCCCCCAGGCUGAAGCAGAACUGAUGGUGUCACACUCACUGGGCUCUUUUCUGCUGAACCUCCCAGAGACAUGCCUCUCCUCAACAAAACCUGAGAUAAUGUCUAAGUGAACUUAUGUUCAUUUAUUUAUUUAUUCUUAGUAAUCUUAGCUGCUGCAUUAUUGCUUGUGACUUCAUUGUACAGCUCUGCUGAUUUUGUCUUUAACAUCAGUGUUUUAUCUCAGGUCUUCUUCAAGCCAGUUAAGAGCGGAAGAACAGCUCAAACACUCGGGCAGCUGAACGCAAUAAAGGUCCUUACACACCAGCGAAUUUGCAGAGCGAAGCGAAAAAGCGAGACGAAAAUGCGAAAAUAUUUGACGGUCCGAAAAAUCGCCUUCUGUGACGUGACUGGUGAGUUGUGAGGACCCAGAAGCAGACACAGAGACAGAGAUCAACUUAAGGUGUAGUUUUAAUGUCUAAACUCAGGUUUUAAAGGCAAAAAGAGGAAGUCCGGUAGGCUGGUUGGCUGGUUGGCUGGCUGGCUGUCGUGUGGGCUGGAGACACUGCAGGGAAAACAGAGGAGAGAGAAGUGAGUAGGCAUGCAAGGAAUCACAAGGAGCAGAGUUACAAAUACUAAUUCAAAAGGAGGCCAGGAGACGCGUCUGUACCACUUAGGAGUGAAGACAAUUCUCAGGCGCUGAGACUGAGGGCUGCAGGCUUCUUAAAGUGCCUUGAUUGGAGAUGUGGAGCAGGUGUGUAGUCUCACUCAGCCUCAGCGACCAGGGGAGGGGAGGAAGCUCUGGAAGAGAGUAAAGCCAGACCAGGCAAACAAGGAAACACAGGAAGUCCAGCCAAAAUAAAACAAGAGGAGGAGGCGUCUCACCACAGCUUUCGCCUAUACACACCGGGAGCGAAGCAAAUACGUAUAUAAAUUUUGGAAAGCGAAUUAAUAAAUAUAUAUUGUCUUUGGCGUGAGUUCUUUCGUGGCACGGAGGAGAGGAGAUGCAGGGUGGUCCUGUACCGCAAUUAUCAGCCUCUCUCCCAUCUUUGCUCUUGGUGCCAGUGGUAGUGUGUGUCAUGUGAACGGCUGCUGAUUGACAUGUCUAGCAUUAUGAGCGAGGGAGAAAGAGGAGGAAAAGCUGUGAGAGACGCAGCAGCAGCCAGGAGAGGCGAGGGCUGAGCAGUGAUCCCUCAAGUUGUCUGGUCAUUCUGUUGGCCCUGUAGCUGCAGAUCAUCGGUAUAGUCUAGUUGGAAGGAGGGGGUUCAGUGCACCCCCCGGAGAUAUAUUGCUAAUCAGUGUUUUUCUAUAGGAAAGAAUGUGCUGAAAAUGAUGAGCUAUGAUAAAAAGUUAUCAGAAUGUCCCAUCUGCCCCAAAAACCCACUUUUUGGUACAUGGCUCCAGCAAAAUUGUGUUAAGGCAAAUAUUAAUUCACUAAAAUUACAUAAUUGGACAUGAAAGUCUAAAAUUUGGCAUGGGGUAUCCUGAGACAUAGGGUUAAGUAGCCCAAUAACUAUAUUCAAGAAGGAAAUAUUACAUAAUGUGUACAUUGUGUAGUCAAAGUCAGUCAAUUUAUUCCACAUGUAUACAGUGGCUGAUUUAUGCUUCUUACCUUGUUUGUUGGGAGGAUGAUGUAGAAGCCAAGGUGUGGUGGUGGCAGAGUUUAUACUGUCUGUAUUGAUAUGCUCAAUGCACAAUUGCUGUGCAGUCAUAGUUAUCUCUAUGCUCAAUAAGUUUGACCUAGGUCAUGGAUAAUGUUUACCAGUCACACCUGGCCUGAGUCAGAUUAAUAAAACAUACAUUGAAAGUACAUUCAAUUUCUUAUGGCACUGCUUUACAUACAAGCAUGUCACUGGAACAUAUGGUCAUUUAACCUUGGCCCUCAAAACAGGUCCAGAUACCUUAUUUGUUCAUUUGAAUGCAACAUUGGCUGAGAUAUAGGCAAAAUCAGUGUUUCCAAAAUGGCGGCACUAAUUAGCAUAUAAAUAAUAGAUUGGUCAUGUUGACAACUAUUAAACAUAGCUCGUCAUUUUCAGCACAUUUUUUCCAAUAAGGAAAUACUUAUUUAGAAAUAUAUAUAUAUAUAUGGGGGUGCAUAAUACCUGUAAUAGACAGCUACUGGCAGAAUCUCCUAUUUUCUCCGAUUUGAGGUAUAGUGCAGAACUUUGGCUAUAGAAAGAGUAAUUUUCAAGCCAGAAAGGUCAUCCUGGGCUCAAAUUGAAGCUUAGGGACAUGGGAAAUUUAUAUAUACACAAAUGAGGCAGUGAUAUUCACCAUAAAGUGCUGGAAAUCAAUCAUCUUUGUUAUUAUUUGUCAAGCGGACAGUAUAUUUUGUAUAUUUGUAUAUAUUUUGUGUUUCUGGGGAUGAUGUUGGUCAUAAUUAUGAAUACAGUUGUAGCAGGUCCUAUGAUCCUAUUGGGCUACUUAAUCCUAUGUCUCAGGAUACCCCAUGCCAAAUUUUAGACUUUCAUGUCCAAUUAUGUAAUUUUAGUGAAUUAAUAUUUGCCUUAACACAAUUUCGCUGGAGCCAUGUACCAAAAAGUGGGUUUUUGGGGCAGAUGGGACAUUCUGAUAACUUUUUAUCAUCGCUCAUAAUUUUCAGCACAUUUUUUCCUAUAGAAAAACACUGAUUAGCAAUAUAUCUCCGGGGGGUACACUGAACCCCCUCCUUCCAACUGGACUAGUAUGUCAAACAGCUAAGAGGGAGAAUCAGGCAUGAUGAAGACAUCACCCUGUGAAGUGUGCAUGACAUCUGUCUCCUAAGGAAGACAAGAGAGUGUCAUCUUGUGGGAAAACUACUUCAUUAGUAAUUAGAAAGAGUUUUGGAUGCACCUCAGCUGCCUUUCUCUGCGUUUUCACAAUCUCAAAUUUAUCCCUCUCCUCCAGCCGUAUGGGUCUGUGACGUCAUUAACAACAUGACUUUUUGAUUGGCCAGAGGUCUAGCAGGUCCAGAUAUUCGCCUGCGAAUCUCUGAAAAUUCGACACAAGAGUGAAAAAAUAAAAGACGCUUUUCGCCCCGCGGAAAAAUCGCUGCCGGUGUGGAAGCUUGCAUUGACUUUAUGCUGUUUUAAAAAAAGGCGAAUAAAGGCAAAUAAUUCGCCUGGCGAAUUCGCGCCUGUUGACAGCUUUCAAGAUAUUUCAGUAAAAUUAGAGUAACAGUUCAACUUUAAAAUCUGAGCUUUAAAAUGCCCUAAACAGUGAGCAUGACUCUUGACUCUGACCUUUCAUCUUCAUCUCCCUCUUCCUCCUUGCUGCUGGUGGAUGCUUUUAUCCAGGAAAGCAGAGAGCUGCUCCCCUGAGCUGCCUGCUGCAGCUCCCUUUCUUUUUUCCCUCUUACCCUCUCCUUUCUAGGCAUUAUGCUGCAAUUGGUUAAUAAAAAAGAGACCGACAAUAUAAAUAAGACUGUAAACUAAGACUUUAACUAAAUAUUCAUCUUACGUAAGUAUACUGAUAGAUUCACAUGCUGUAGGAUACCAAUGACAAUCUCUACCGGUAGUCAUCAUAACGUCAUAUCUAUCAUUGUUUUUAGGUAGCGUCUAGCUUGUUAAGCAGGUGAGCAGUCCGCUAAUUUAUGCCCAGCUGUGUGGCAUUGAGACAGGCUACUUCACAACAGAGACAAAUAAAUGCAAGUUACAGCUCGGCAACUGAGGAUUAGGGGGCAAACAACAUACUCAACUUGAUUCAUUUAUGUGAUACCUGGCUGGUGGGCAGGGGAGGAGCCAAGGAGGUGUAUUUGGGCUGCAGCUGUGCACUGUCUGCUGCUACAACGCGCCUCCGUUUGUGUCUGCUCUGCGCGUUCACAUUGACAGAGGUGUGUGCGGGUGGAGGGGUGCGGUGGGGGGUAUUAAUUGGUAAUUAAUUAUCACACGCUUUUAAUCGACGAGCUCUUGUAGUGAUCAUGUCAGCAUGGGCCACAAAAAAAAAAAAAAAGAAAAAAAAAAAGGUCAAUUUCCAAAGGGGCACUUGCUUGGUCCAGAGGACAAAGGGCAGGUGCUUUAGCACCAUCUAGUGUCUACUUGUGCCACUGCUGAUAUCAUGAUGCAAAAAGAAAAAAACAAACUGACACAUCAGUAGCGCUCAAGCUAGCCAGAGUUAAUAAUUUACAUGUCUUUCAGCUGAGAAAUUGUCUUUCUUUGGCGAGAAUGGGCAGAAGGAGAACAAAAAUGGACAACUUCUCAUUCAAUAGUUUUAUUCGUUUUUUAUUUAUAUUAUUAUUACUAUUUUUUCACAUUUUAGAUUAAUACAGAACGUAUUGAAAAUAAACAAAUAAAUAAUAUUAAAUAGAUAUAUAAACAUGAGUGAGAGAGGGGAACAGGAAGUCACUGGCAGGCAACGGGCUAUUGUUUAAAAAGUGAACGACUGGCACGAAAACCGCAGAGCAGUAGGAGACAUUUUUUGAAACGGAUCAGGAACGGAGAAGAGGACAAGAAUUCAAGUGGGUGAAACAAAUAUUAAGAGAUAGCCUGAGCUCGAUAAUUUUCUGUCACAGGUAUAAUUUGGUCGUUAUGUCAGGGAGAGCAGGUUUGUAACAUUCCGCUAGUGUCUAUCAUUAUACCUAGCACGAACCAGGAGCAUAAAGUUCAUACCGUGCCAGUGAAAGUUUUGAACAACUUCUCAUUCAAUAGUUUAAUUUUUAAAACAUUUGAUUCAUUUUUAACCCUUUGAUGCACAACAUGGGUCAAAAAAGACCCGGCUGAGUUUAAAUUUUAUAUAUCUUUUCAAUAAAUUAAUUCCAUCAGUCAGUACUCAAGGAAUUCCUCAAUUAACUUGUUUUUGACGACCCUAUAUCCUUAUGUUUAUUUUUCUUUUUUUACUUUUAAAAUAAAAAACGUUUUUGUAUCACUACCCCUCUAAUGCACAACAUGGGUCUAAAAUGACCCGUAUCCAUCUUCAAUGUUAUUUCAUGUAUGGCUGAGUGUUUCUAUGGUAUAUCUUUGAAAUAAAUUAAUUUUAUCAUUUACUAUUCCAAGUAUGCAGUAAAGAUCUUGUUUUAGUUGAGCACAAAUAAUCAUUUUUAUUUUUCCUUUCUUAUGUUAUGAGGAAGCACAGAUUUUGUAUUUCUACAUCAAGUUUACAUACAUGGGUCAGAAACGACCCUCAUAUAGUGACUGUAGCAUUUAGCAUGAAAAGACCGUCUAAUACAUGUAAGUAUGGUUUUUCAAUUGUUCUGACAUUAUCUUUAAAUUAUUUGAUGACAAUUGUGAAAGAUAAUUGUACAAAGAUUUGAUUAGGUUUAGGUUACCUUGAGAGUGAGGACUUUACAUGUUGGAAAGUUACAAAGUUACAGGUAAAACAGCUAGCUUUAUUUCAGCUAGCUAUAAUCAGACGCAUGUGUAUGUGAUAAAAUGACAAAUAAACAUGUUGCUAAUACAAAAUACAUAAGUGUUUGGCCCAUAGACUGUAUACAGAAUGGACAGCGUCUGCCUCCUUGCUGGGUAACGCCACUCUGAGAACAGCACCCUCUGGUGAGGGGCUGCAGUAGAGGUCAUAAAUCCCGCUUCUGCCAGCAAAGCUUACGGAGCUGUAGACAAACUUUAGAAAUUAAUUACACAGAACAUAAAUUUUUCUCCCCCUUGCUUGUGAUGUUGACAUGUAGUUACUGUCAGACUGGUUUGUGCUCAAGUCCUCUUUUUUUCUGUGAAGCUCCGUUUUUAAAAGUUAUUGGGGGUUCAUGUUUUCUAUGAUUGACAUCUGAUACAGCCUAUGGGCAUUCAGGGAUUGCGUAGCUCACCCGGAGGAUAUCCUGUUUGAGCCGAGCGUCAUCACAGCGACUCUCUGCAACUGCGCGGCCGAAUGCGCGCAUUGCUACUGCGCAGCGCUGGUUUCAGAAAUGAAGAAAAAUCCUGGAAAUAUCGAGAGCUAUUUGGCUCCAAAUCUGUAUACAGGCGGUAGGCGGAACCAAGUUGUCCAUAGUACAUACAGACGAUGUAUACAGCCUAUGGGCGUUCAGGGAUUGUGUAGCUCUCCCGGGGGGAUACGCUGUUUGAGCCGAGCGUCAUCACAGCGACUCUCGGUGACUGCGCGGCCGAAUGCGCGCAUUGCUACUGCACAGCGCUGGUUUCAGAAAUGAAGAAAAAUCCCAGAAAUAUCAAGAGCUUUUUGGCUCCAAAUCCGUAUACAGGCGGGAGGUGGAACCAAGUUGUCUAUAGUAUAUACAGUCUAUGGUUUGACCCCACUCACUGCUAAUUUCAUUACUUGAAACAAAUUAUUAUUAUAGUAUUAGGUAAUUUAAUAUUAAAUCACACUUGGAUGAAUGGGUCAUUUUUGACCCAUGUGUGUAAACUUGAUGUAAUAAUGUAGAAACUAUAUUAUUUCAUAAAGUGUGAAAAGAAAAAUAGAAAUAAUGAUCAGUGGUGAUCAAAAACAAGAUACCUAAAGAAUACUUGGAAUAUUCAAUCAGAAAAUAAAGUGAUUUCAAAAGAUAGAACAAAGAAAAACUCAGCCAGCAUGAAAUACCAUUGGAAAUGAAUGCGGGUCUUUUUAGACCCAUGUUGCGCAUUAGAGGGGGUGUGCAUAUGUUGCGCAUCAAAGGGUUAACAUUGUAGAAUGAUAUUAAAUUAUAUUAAAUGACUAAUUAGUAAUAUAUAUAUAUACUGUAUAUGUGUGUGUGUGUGUGUGUGUGUAUAUAUAUAUAUGUGCAUUUAUAUAUAAAUGAGAGGGAGGGAGGGAGCGCAGGAAGUCACUGUUAGAUGGCUAAUAUUGUUUGCAAAGGAAACAAUAGGCAAGGAAAUAGUAGAACCAUCAGAGACAUUUUUGUUAUUCACAAAAGACAGAGAGGACGACGAAAACAAAAGUCACCAGAACAAAUAUAAAGAAAUACUUCAAUUUAGUGUCAUGAAUUCCUUUUUAAAUUUGUUUAAAAUUAGUUUACUGGUACAAUUUUGUUAGGGAGAGCAGGUUUGUAUUAUUAUAUCAGUAGCCUUAGAUAUAGACUAUGGCUAACACGAACGAGGAACAGUCAGGGCCGUUUUGGCUGUCCUGUCCCCGGCUUAAGCUGUCCCUGGAAAUGUCCCCGAUUUAAGCAUUUCAUGAACAACAGAAAAAGUGUUUCGUAUAGACUACAACAACGGUUGUUACGGUAGGUGUGUAGGUAGGAGGCGUGAGUGAGCAUGUAGCGCGCAGUCCAGUGUUUACAGGGGCGUGCUACUACCAAGCAGUGAUAAACGCUAGAUGGUUGACGCAUGCCGUUAGGCAAUCGAGACCGAUGUCCUCAUAUGACGGCCAUCUCGCCAUAGGCAGCUGCCCAGUACCCACUCAUAAUAUUAAAGUCUACGGUGCAUGUAGCACAUAAACAACCAUAGAUUGCUUCAUUUUAAACCAAUUUUCAAACGGCAUGGUUUGUUAUAAACCUCAGAGUUUUAGUUAUGUUCCUGCAUAUUCAGGAAUAAUUUUAAUCAUGGACUUUCAUAAAUAAACAUAAAGCAGAUAGGUGGAUCAAUAGUUAUAGGCCUACACACACAAGGAGGUUAUAUUAAAUCAUGUAUAUAUAAAAUAUUUAAUCAUUCCGUGUAUAUUAUAUUAGUAAUAUUUCCAUUUUAGGGAUUACUAUAAUAACACAUAACAUUGAUAUAAAUGUAUAAAAUUUCAAUACAAAUAUCUGUCUCCAUCAAUUGCCUUUAUUAUAUUACAGGCCACACCCUGAUGGGAAAUUCCCCACCUUUCAGUGGUAAUGUUGGUAGCGGGACACAAUUCUUCAGGGGCAGCAAAAUUGCCUCUCCCCCAGAGCUCAGGGCAAGAGCAGAGGCCCUGCUGCACCUGGCCUCACCGCUGGUCGCACUCCAUCAGUGCCGGGAACAGCAGGGCCUGAUGUCCGUGGAGGGAGUGGUUUUUGAGGUAAGUAUAGGCUUUUAUGAUACAGCCACGAAUCUGGGAAAUAAAAAACAUCACAAAUAACAAGAAAAAAAUUCCAUUCACAAAUAUAUAAAUUACUAAAUACAGAUUUUCCUCUUGUUUAGAUGUCUGCUGUGAGAAAGGUGGAGUCAGCGAAUGAGGCUGUGCCUCUCAGAAAGCUUGUCCUGCAGCAGGUAACUGCAGCUGCGAAACAUUGUUGGUACCCUUCAGUUUAAGAAAGAAAAAGCCAUGUAAGUCACUGAAAGAACCUGAAAAUGACAAAAGUAAUAAAUAAAAAAUAAACAAAAAUGUCUGUGUAUGAAUAUACACUAGCAAACAUUUAAUAAUAUCCUUUCAUGGGAUAGCACUAAAGAAAUGACACUUUGAUACCACGUACAGUAGUCAGUGUACAGCUCGUGUAACAGUGUAAAUUUACUUUCCCCUUAAAAUAACUGAACACACAGCCACUUAUGUGUACACCCCUGGCACCAAAAGUGAGUAACUUAGUGAAAAUGUCCACUGAUGUGACUUAAUCAGCUUGAUAUCAAAUUUCCCCUUGGGUUUUUAUCUUAUCUUACUUUUCUCAUACAUUAUUGCUUAGUUUAGCACCAUGCAUCUGCUCAGCCCCUCUGAUUUAAAUGAGACGAGAGCCUGUGGUACUUUUUUAGUGUCACAUGUAUUGUGACUCCAGACAAUAAGGUGGUCCCUUACGUUUUUCAGGAAAAAUCUUCUGUCAAGGUCUCCCUGUGGAGGAAGGCAGCGCCGGAGCCCCUCGUCGUUGGAAAGACCAUCCGUAUGACACACGUGAAGUCACAAAGGACUGAAUAUGGGCUCCUGGUGAACUCAACCAGCUUCAUGAAAAUUGAGGUAAUUUGUUGUUGUUGUUGUACGGUGAACACACUUUUUGAAAAUUUUAACUCCCAUUUUUUUUCAUACAACUGGUAAUUUACAGAAUCCCAAUAAAGUAACUAAGUUUAAUAACUAGAAAAGCACUCAGAGAGCGCAGACCUCCGCCAAGCAGCUCAUAUCCCCCUUAUAUUGUGAUUCACACCAAAACUUUUACUGUUACGUGUCUUUUAUUAACUUUUAUUUGUGUUUAAACUGGUAUGUUCACUGUUCAUAAUGUCCCUAAAACAAGAAAUGCCCUGACCUGGAUUCAAACCCAGGACCUUCUUGCUGUGAGGCGACAGUGCUAACCACUACACCACUGUGCCACAAGUAUGAGCACAACUUUGCCGCCCAGUGGUUAUCUUUCAGCAUUGAAAAUUCCAACGACAUCCUUAUUUUUGUGUGUUCUGGAUCACAGUAUCUGGAAUUUUGUCUCGAUCUGUAUGGGGCGCUGUUUGUGAAACGGCUCACACUGAAAAAAACGGCAACAUUUUGUCACAUUUAGCUUCAAACAACGUUUAAAAAACUUGUAUGAACCUUUGAUGGUCACUUUUUUUGCACAUUAACAACAAUAUUUGUCAACUUAGAGAUAUUUUAAAUAGUUAAAUCUGAAUAUUAAAUGUUACGCCUAAAUGUUAAAUGUUAUAUCUAAAUCUUAAUGCUAAAUCUAAAUCUAAAUCUUUGGAGAAAUGGCUCUGCCAAUAUUUUCGGCUAAAGCUGAAUCGCUGGACAUUUUGUGUCACGUUGUCCGUACUGUGGUACCGUGGUACCGUGGCACCAUACCUACUGGCAGUGGCGGGCGGGUGGUAGGCUCUUGCUCUUCGCUUUUAUGCAAACGAACAUGACAGGUCAACCAAAAAGAGCCCCCUCGUGGCUGGCUAUAGUAGCUACAUGUCAUAAGUCCCGUACCCCUCACAAAAGUGACACUAAAAGCUCAAAGUACCCUUCAAAUAAAAUUUCUCCAAACGUGUUUAUUAUUUUAGAUAGUUAGAUUUAACAUUUAGAUUUAACAUUAAGAUUUAGAUAUAACAUUUAGAUUUAGAUUUAGAUUUAACAUUUAGAUUUAGAUUCAACAUUUAGAAAUAACAUUUAGAUUUAACAUUUAACAUUUACGCGUAACAUUUAAUAUUUAGAUUUAACUAUUUAAAAUAUCUCUAAGUUGACAAAUAUUGUUGUAAAUGUGCAAAAAAAGUGACCGUCAAAAGUUCAUACCAGUUUCUUAAACGUUGUUUGAAGCUAAAUGUGGCAAAAUGUUGCCAUUUUUUUCAGCGUGAGCCGCUUUACAAACAGCGGCCCAUAGAUCAGGAUCAACCUUUGACACCUCAUAAAACUCAUUGAGAGCCUUUUGUGUAAUUCUUUACUAAAGACUCUGGCCAUUUUUAUAGAGUUAAAUGCAAAAAUUCCAAAAUUUGCCCUAUCUCACAAUGAUAAAGAAUCCUUGAAAAAAUUCCAGGAUCCAGAAGGCGGUCCGGAUCACCACCAAAAUGUAAUGGGAUUGUCCUGGGGCUGAGACACACCUCUGGUGAAAAUUUCAGGUCAAUUCGUCUAACUUUCUCCGUAAAGUUGUUCACAAACAAACCAACAAACUAACGCUACCGAAAACAUAACCUCCUUGGCGGAGGUAACAACUGAAUUAUCAUCAUCAAUUGGUAUAAAGUUUUACACACGUCAUUCUUGAGAGUUUUUAGCUGUGAUUUUGUCAUUGUCCUUUUUGAGGACCACAAUGACGAAGGACAAAAUACUAACUAGAGUAUUCUAAUAACAUCACUAGCCUUACCCAUAUGAAUAACAAAAUAAAACAUCCCGGGCUACAUAAUAUUAGUCACAUCACAGUGACUCUCGGCGACUGCGCGGCCGAAUGCGUGCAUCACUUCUGCGCAGCGCUAGUUUCAGGAAAUGAAGAAAAGUCCCGGAAAUAUCGACAGCUUUUUGGCUUCAAAUCCAAGUUGUCCAUAGUAUAUACAGUCUAUGGUCAUGACACAUUGUGUCCUCAUAUUUACCUUUUUUUGCUCCACCUUGUGGCAGGUUAUGGUGUUACACAGCAUCGACUGUUGGCGUUCUCUGAGUGGUCAGUUGAGAUCACGACUCAAAUCAGCCAGGAAAAGUGAAGCUGGAAGCUCAGUUUCUCUCCAUGCAGUCAGCUUGCAAUCUCCUCUUCUAUUUCUUUCCUCGUUUGUGCCUUGGAGACGCAUUGCUUGUAAGUUCAUUCAUUUUUCUGUGUUUUUGUGGAAAAGUGCAUAGAUAUAAUUUGAAAUUCAUAUGUUUAAGUUAAAGAUGGACUGAUUUGUGGCUAUUUCAUUUGCUAAGUUUGCUAAGAUUAAAAAUGGUAGAGUAAAAAGAUUAAGCCAAGCUAAAUGUAGCUUUCUGUUAAGACAUGUAAACAAACCAAUGUAAAUUCAUUCAUGCUGUAUAUGUUUGUAACUAAAGCUCUGUUAACUGGUGUUUUGUUGCAGUUUUACAUAAAGAAUGGAAAGAAGAGAAACUGUGUUGGACUUUCUCUGAAUCCUGUCUGUUAGCUAUCUGUCAGUGGUACGUAGAUGGUACGUGUACCAGGCAGGGACAGAAUACCCUCUCUCACGUUAGGCAAAUAAAGUAAUAAAGAAUUUACCUUAAUCCAUUUAUUGCCAUCCUCCAUUGAAUGGUUUGGUGGCUCAUACAAAGCAGAUUGGAAAUAUCAGUCAGUGUCAUCCCCUGCAACAUAUGACUCUAACACAUCGAAAGGGAUAUCGAUGGCAGGUCGCCCUGGUUCUAGGGAUGUAACAAUAUGGGUUUGCAACUUUACUGAAGCAUAUGAGGGACAUGCAGAAUUCGCCAGAGCUGUUUUAAAAUUGUCAACACUGCAACAUGUAUGAAAUUCAUGUUAAUGCUCAUAACAACUCAAUUAAAAUGUCUACGACCUCAUUUGACCAUCAGGUUUCCCCAGUGAAGCAUAUGAAGGGCUGCCCAUGCCGAGAUGUGCACCCCGUGGCUGUUUAAUAGAGACACACUGGGGAUGUACUUCUUCGGAAGUUCAAAUACAGCUCUGCUAAAUUAUGCAUGUGACAUCCUAUUUAUCUUUGGACUCUACACACUGUAAACAGAAAACAAAUUCCUAAUGCAUUCUUAAGCUAUACAAUACACACACAUACAAACAAGCAUGCAGAUAUACAGAUUGAAAAAUAAUUGACAAUUAAUCCUCUUUUUUUGUUCUUACCAGAGGUGGGGGCUUGACGACUCGACUUGAGACUCGACUUGGACUUGAGUCCCGUUUUUGACUUGCUUGAUGAAUCAAGAAAUGACUUGGACUUGCUUGGGACUUGAUUGCUAAAGACUUGAGACUUGACUUGACUUGACUGGAGCCCAGUGAAAUGAAAAGUCAACUCAAGUCUUUUCAAGUCACUUAUUACCUUACAGCAAGCCCAAAUUGUUUAAAAAGUGUCGCAUCAACUAAUAGUCAGGAAUUACAACUGUUGGUAACACUGUGUUGUGUUGCCAAGUCUGCUUAUUUCCCACAAAAAAAAUUCGCUUGUUUUUGGCUUGUUUCUGGAGGUCUGUUUCCUUAUUUCUCUCUUACGAAACUUGGCAACACUGUCUCAAACUCUAGCCUCCCUCAUAACAACAACACCGAGAGGACUGAACAUAAAUCGCUCGCUAGUAUUGCCCUCCUGUUUCCACAUGUUGCCUUGUGUCUCUCUUUUGUUUUGUUUUGGAACAGUGAAUUAGAGUAUCAGUUUAAUGUUUUAAUUGUAUUUGAGUCUUCCUUUUUUUGUGCACAUUGUCUAAGUUUCCAAUUAUUGAAGUUUAUCUGAUUAUUUUUUGUAUGACAUGUAAAAUAGUUUAGUUAAAGCUGCACUAUGUAACUUAACACAAACAAGAACCCUUGUUUAAUAAUAAAUGCAAAUAAUGAAAAAUGCUCAUGAUUUUUGUAAAUCUUUACAUAUAACAAAUGGUUUAUGGCUUUGAUAUGACUUGUUUUUGACGUGAAAGAAACGGUAAGGACUUGGACUUGACUUGAGACUUGUCUGUGUUGACUUGGACUUGACUUGAGACUUCAGAGCAAAGGACUUGGACUUGCCUCGGACUUGAGGAAAGACUUGAGACUCGGACUUGAACAUGAGGACUUUCCCCCACCUCUGGUUCAUACAUAGCCUAUGCCUGUAUUAGCUAUGUGCAUGGGGGGUUCUAAGUGGUUGAUGUUGGGCCUGUAUGAAUAUAGUGUCUGAACGUGACUGUGAAGUGUUGUGGUUGAUAACCUGAUGUCCCGAUUUGUAAUUUGUAAUUGUUGCGGCGGCGAUCACCGGCCCCGAUCACCAGCCCCGAGCCUGCAGUGGCAGCUUUCAAGUGGCGGCUAACAAGUUGCGGCCACCCAGCGGCGGUGAUCACCAGGCCGAGAGCCCGCAGCGACGGCUAACCAGUGGCAGUGAUCUUUGA